AUGGCUGAAGAAGCAGCUGGAGGAGCUGUAAGGUCUCUGCGGCCUACCAGAAGCAUUUCUGAAAUGGCAACAGUCCAUCAGGAAGACAUCAAAGAGGAGUCAGACACAGAUCCUGAAAAUGAGGUGAAUAGACUUUACCUGCCAUCAAGGAAGAAGCAGAAGUGGCGUCUGGACAAAGCCACUACAGCCAUCAAAUGCUUCGGAUGUGGUGGAAGCCACAAAAAAGCUGAGUGCAGGUUCCGGUCUGACAUAUGCAGAGGGUGUGGAAAGCGAGGCCACAUUGCAGCCGUAUGUUUGAGUCAACAGAAGCUGCUUUGGGGAAACAGAGUUGUCAUUCCCACCUCAAUGAGGACUAGGGUCUUAGAAUCCCUCCACGAGGGUCAUCCUGGCAUUGUCCGUAUGAAGGCUCUUGCACGAAGCCACUUGUGGUGGCCUGCUUUAGAUAAAGAUAUUGAGGCUAAGGUGCACGCAUGCCACCUGUGCCAACGAUCUCGCCCAGAGAUGCCCCAAGCUCCUGUGCAUAGAUGGGAGGAAACACAGUCCCCAUGGUCUAGGGUGCACAUUGACUACGCUGGGCCCUUUCAGGGCCAGUUCUUCUUGGUCCUUGUUGACAGCCAUUCAAAAUGGCUUGAGGUUGUGCCUGUCUCAUCCACCACCACUGCAAAGACUAUUCAGGUACUGAGGGGGAUUUUUGCUGCACACGGGCUGCCAGAUGUCAUUGUGUCCGACAACGGCCCUCAAUUCACCUCCUCCGAAUUCCAAGCUUUCUUACAGGCAAACCUGAUUCGUCAUGCCACGUUGGCUGACUUUCUCCUUUCUUAUCGCACCACACCGUCCACUUCUACAGGGAGAAGUCCAGCUGAACUUCGUUGGGGGCGCCAACUUACUACUAGACUUGACCGGUUGCAUCCGGACAGACUGCCUUCAUCUACCUCACAUCCUAGGGCACCUAGACAACUACUUGUGGGUGCCCCGGUUUGGGCUCGCAAUUACGGGCCUGGUCAUACAUGGGUCCCCGCUUCUGUGUCCAGGAUCACAGGUCCUCUCUCCUACGAGGUUGCCCUGGACAACGGUCGUGUCCUACGUCGGCACAUCGACCAA